UCGAUUGCAUGUUCAUCGCUAGCAGAAAAGGCGAGCAAGUAAAUGUUAAAAAAAAAGAGCAAACAACAGCAGGCGUGUUGGUGGCGAAUUGUUUAUUAAAUAUUUGGCUGUGUGGACAAUAAUUUGCAAGCAACGCUAAGAAACGAGUUUUAAAGUACCCCCCACUCGAGUCGCAGAACUAAGAAACUUCAAAACAAUAUCGAAAACCCAAACCAGUUCAUUUGCAUUGCAAACACGCGCGCUCUCACACACACACACACACACAUAGCUAACUCAUGGAGAGGACAACAAUGAGCGGCUCGGCGGUGCAAGUGAUUAAUGCAUCCGAAGAGCACACAUUCUUGCUCAACGAGGAUGCGCUCAGUGAGGUGCUAAUGCGGGCUGAGGUCAAAGAUCGCUACGUUUGCGUUGUUUCCGUAGCGGGUGCGUUCCGCAAGGGCAAGAGUUUUCUGCUCGAUUUCUUUCUUCGCUACAUGUACUCAAAGUAUGUACGACAUGAUAUCACGGACUGGCUGGGCGAUGAGUCGGAGCCGCUAUCCGGUUUCUCAUGGCGUGGCGGAUCGGAGCGAGAUACCACCGGCAUUCUAAUGUGGUCUGACAUAUUCCUGCACGAUUAUCCCAAUGGCGAUAAGAUUGCCAUCAUUCUGUUGGACACACAAGGUGCCUUUGACAGUCAAAGCACCGUACGCGACUGUGCGACAGUGUUUGCACUGAGCACAAUGCUAUCAUCGGUGCAGAUAUAUAAUCUCUCACAAAACAUACAGGAAGAUGACUUACAACAUCUGCAGUUGUUCACCGAAUACGGUCGACUAGCGCUGGCAGACACUGGCAAGAAGCCAUUCCAGCGUUUGCAGUUUUUGGUUCGUGACUGGAGUUUCCCGUAUGAGGCGGAAUACGGCGCUUUGGGUGGGGACAAGAUACUUAAGCGUCGUCUGGAAGUGUCGGACAAACAACAUCCCGAAUUGCAGUCAUUACGUCGACACAUUUCUUCCUGUUUCACUGAGGUCGCCUGCUUUUUGAUGCCACAUCCUGGUCUCAAUGUAGCCACAAAUCCUCAGUUCGAUGGUCGUCUGCAAGAUAUAACGCCAGACUUCAAGAACAGUCUCAGAACUCUGGUUCCUAUGCUCUUGGCGCCAGACAAUCUGGUCUACAAGGAAAUUAGUGGUCAACGCGUCAGAGCUCGUGACCUUAUUCAGUACUUCCAGUCGUACAUGAGUAUCUACAAGGGCAACGAGUUGCCCGAGCCGAAGAGCAUGUUGGUGGCCACGGCCGAAGCGAAUCACUUGACUGCCGUCGCGGCCGCCAAGGAGCUGUACAAUCAGCUCAUGGAGGAAGUGUGUGGUGGUACGCGGCCUUAUUUAAGUACUGCACACCUCGAAACUGAACAUUUACGCAUUAAGGACAAGGCCUUGUUUCAGUUUGCCACGAAACGCAAAAUGGGUGGCGAAGAGUUCACAGAGAGAUUUCGCCAACAGCUGGACGCAGAUUUGGAGGACGUGUUCGUCAACUAUCGGGCACAUAAUGAAAGCAAAAAUAUCUUUAAGGCAGCGCGUACGCCGGCCGUGUACUUUGCCUGCGCCGUCAUCAUGUAUAUAGUUAGCGGAAUCUUUGGCUUAGUAGGCCUCUACACGUUUGCCAAUUUCUGUAAUUUAGUCAUGGGUGUUGCGCUCCUGACGCUAGCGCUCUGGGCCUACAUAAGAUAUAGCGGAGAGCUGAGUGACUUCGGCGGUAAGCUGGAUGAAUUUGCAACGCUCAUGUGGGAGAAUUUCAUGCGGCCAAUCUAUCACGGCUGCAUGGAGAAGGGCAUACAGCAUGUGGCCACGCAUGCGACUGAGGCUGCCAUUGGUGGCAGUAGUAGCGGUAGUCGGUCGUCUGCCAAUGCUGUUAAUGGCAAGGUGAAGCGUUCAUGAGAAUACGCCCAAGUCACGCAGCACAAGUCGCAACCUCCUGGGACACAUAAGCCACAAACGACUAACAACAAUAAUAAUAAUAAUAACAACAACAACAACAACGUUGCAUGCAAAUCAAACAAAAAAAGCAAUUAUCAGAACAAUAGCGUUGGCGUCGGUGGCGGCUUAUUGAGUAGCAUUUGGGGCAAGAUAAGUGGGGUGAAAACUUUACCUCAGACAACGACCCACUGCUCCGGCUCCAAUUCAUCUACAGCAGCCGUAAGCAGUCGCAAAAAGCGCAAAUCAAAGCGCAAUUAAUUAAGUCCUGUAGCCGCUUUUAUCAACAUUUGAAAUGUCGUCGCCGUCGUCGUUUGAUUUGUAUAAAUUUAAGCCCUACAUCGGAUAGAAACAAAAAUCUAGUAGUUAAUCGCCCUGAAAGGAAUAUUGUUUUUUAUAUUACAUACACUACUUUAAUGGCUCAGCGUAGCGCGAAGUAAUAUAUAACUCUAUUUAAUAAUAUACUUAGUAAGUGGCUCGUAUUUGUUGAAAAUCAAAUUUUAAAUUGUUUUUUAUAUGCAUAUAUAUUUACUUAUAUUGAAAAGAAAACUGAAGACCCAAUCCUUAACGCUGUAAUAUAAAGAAAUCGCUAACGAAUUUAAACUUGUUUAAUUUCCCACAUUUUCUUUCUGUCCCUCAUUUAUAAAGUGAACUGUUCUAAUUCUAAUUCUAAUCCUAAUCAUAAUUCUUGCCCCUUGCACCUUUUGCUGUAGAAAAAGAGUAAGCAAUUUAAACAUGUAAAAAUCAAAUAAAACGCACUUUGUUGUUGGCUCGUUUGUUAAA